AAGGAUGGUAGUAUCAGUUAUUCCAACAGUUCCUUUGGUCGAAGCCCUGUGCCACUUCCUACAUCUCCGCCUGUGCCGCACUGGCGUUCAACCAAAGGGAGUACAGCUGUGAUAAAAAACGCUGAUACUAAAUUUGAUUGGAUGUAUAGGAGCACAUCAUUUUGGUAGAUGUACUCAUAAACAAGAGAAAGAUUACUUCCUUCAUAUUAGUGUGUGGCUCAAUUGCUAUGCUGAUACAAAAUUAUCUUCCUGGUUGCAUAGAAGCUUCUUGUGCGACCUCUUUCUCAUCUGAGAUCACAAAGCAAGACUCAUGUAACUGGGUUUCUGGCGCCGAAUCGUUGAAAAUGAGUCCUGAAAAUGAUGAACGUCCUCUUGAUGGCUAUAGAAAAUUUAAUUCAAAGGAUGGUGAUCCUUGUUCCUUAAACAGUGUAGAUGGUUCACGACCUUCAACUUUCAGUGCAAUGUCUGGAAGUUCUAAGCCCAUUGUAUAUCGUAGGAAAAAGUUCCGAAGAAACCCUCUCACUACUUUCUCCAUUGAAACAUCAGCUGAAGUUAGGCCUAGCAAUGGAUGUCCUUCUGAGCUUUGUUCUGAGGUCCAUCUAGGAACUUUUAAGGAAGACUUAGUUGCUGGAGUUGCAGUUGAAAAAGUAGCUACUGCAGCUCCUAUUCUGCUUCCUGCUGAGUGUAAUAGAGGGAACCUUCUUUCUAAAUCAAAUUCUUGUGAUGGUAGACCUGAAGUAGAAGAGCAGUGCUCUGAAGCAGCUUCAAGAAGUGAUAUACAUAGGACUUCAGAUUUUUGCGUAAAUGAUAGCCAUUCGUCGUUGGACUUUGAUUCUUCUUCAUUGAAGACUGAUGUGGGUGAUGCCAGUGAAUGCUCCUCAUCUGGUGCUUUAGUUCCUGAAGGAUUGGAUGAUAAUAUGCCAGAAAAGGAUAUAUGCGUAGCAAUUCUUAGAGGUUAUGGGUUGCUUGAGAAAGUUCCGUUUACUGAGCUCCGCAUGUCCGCUAAAACCUCUGGUACCAGUACUGACAACUGCUCUUUAAUCUCAUGCAAAGCCUGUGAUUGUUCAGAUACUACAUUGAAGAUGCUAAUCUGUGAUAAUUGUGCUGAUGCAUAUCAUUUAUCUUGCUGCAAUCCCCGUAUACGGAAAAUACCUCGGGAUGAGUGGUUUUGCCAAUAUUGUUUGAUUAAGAAGCGAAAAUUACUGGAGAAAUCAACUUGUAAAUCCCUAAGUGGGCCUGUCGAAACUGAAAGUUCUAGCAACUUAUUGUCUGAAGGUGAAUCAGGACCUAUAUCUCUCAUGUUGAAGGACACCAGCAUAUAUAGAACCUGCGUCCGUAUUGGCAAUAAUUUUCAAGCUGAGGUUCCUGACUGGACAGGCCCAGUGAUAGAUGAGGUUGAUCGGUUUGAACCAUUAGAAAUCAGACCUUCCAAGUAUCUCAGCUUGCAUGAAUGCUCUUCUAACAAGCCGUCAUGGUUUAGUUCUAUUGGCAAUUGGCUUCAGUGCCGGCAGGUCAUUGAAGGUAUUGGGGAAUAUGCGGAUGGAAGUAUCUGUGGGAAGUGGCGUAGGGCCCCACUAUUUGAAGUUCAAACAGAUGACUGGGAGUGCUUCCGUACUGUCCUUUGGGAUCCACCUCAUGCAGAUUGUGCUGUACCUCAAGAACUAGAAACGGAGGAAGUUCUAAAGCAAUUGAAGUAUAUAGAGACGUUGAAACCCCGGCUGGCGGUUAAGAGGCGCAAAUUGGUUCAAACCUCAGGUGCUAGCUCACGGUGCUUCACAGAGAAUUGAGAAGAUAUAGGCUUCAUGUACGGAAAUGUUCAUCUUGUACAUUAGUAUACAAAUUUUGGACAUUUGAAUUUGUACUACAUGAGAUUCUCAACACAGCACACUGAUGUAAUUGCUUCAGACACAUUUGUGCAAUUUAGAAGGUGCAUUGAAUCAAUCAGCUGCAACUCGAUUUGAGUUUUCCUGGCCA